AUGCUUCUAAUAAACGUUCGUGGACCAACAUCAUUUGAAAAUUUGCGCACAGUGGAUGGCCAAAUAUGUGCAACGUAUCGUGAGGCGUGUCAAAAAUUGCAAUUGCUGGAAAACGAUGAUCAUUGGGAAACGACACUUGCGGAAGCUUCGGCUACAAGGCAUCCACGCCAAUUAAGAGCAUUAUUUGCAAUUAUAUUGGUUACUUGCUCACCAUCUAAUCCAAAAUUACUUUGGGAUAAAUUCAAGGAGGAUAUGGCGGAAGAUAUAUUGCAUCAACAUAGAGCUGAUAAUAAUGAUCCAGCAAUGGAAUAUUCUGAUACAAUUUUUAAUGAAUGCUUAAUUUUAUUAGAAGACAGAUGUAUGGAAAUUAAAAAUAAACUUCUCAUUGAAGUUGGAAUGAUCGCCCCAAUUCGUCCCAUUAGUGAUCCCUAUGAAAGAGAUUUAAUUCGAGAAACCGAUUACCAUCCACAAGAAUUGGAAAUUUAUCUGGGAGAAAAUUUGCCAAAGUUACAACCUGAGCAAAAAAAUGUCUACGAUUAUGUAAUGGAUGCUAUAAUAAACCAAACCGGUGGUUUACAUUUCAUAGAUGCACCCGGUGGAACAGGAAAAACAUUUCUAAUUUCACUGAUCUUAGCCAGUGUCCGGUCUCAAGGUAAUAUUGCGUUAGCUAUUGCAUCUUCAGGAAUUGCCGCAACACUUUUGGAUGGUGGAAGAACUGCACACUCUGCACUGAAAUUACCAUUAAAAUGGCAAUUUUCUGAGGAUUACACAUGCAACAUCACAAAGAAUUCAUCAAUCGGUAAAGUUUUACAAACGUGCAAAAUCAUAGUAUGGGAUGAAUGCACCAUGGCACACAAAAAAUCUUUAGAAGCCCUUCACCGCACCUUACAGGAUUUGCGGAACAACACAAAUUUAUUUGGAGGUGCUCUUAUUCUACUAGCUGGAGAUUUUCGUCAAACUCUACCUGUCAUUCCGGGUUCAACACCAGCCGAUGAAUUGAAUGCAUGCCUUAAAUCAUCUUCUCUUUGGAGUCAUGUUAAAACUCUUAAAUUAACUACAAAUAUGCGUGUAGCUCUACAAAACGAUACAUCAGCUUUACAAUUUUCUAAGCAAUUGCUAGAUUUAGGAAAUGGAAAAAUUCCAGUCAAUCCAGCAACAAAUUGCAUUACAUUUCCGCCCGACUUUUGUAAACUGACACAAUCUAUUGAAGAUCUAAUUAUUUCCAUAUUUCCAAAUAUAGACCGUAAUUUCACAAAUACGCAAUGGUUAUGUGAACGUGCAUUAUUGGCUGCUAAAAAUGUUGACGUUAACUAUAUAAACAACAUUAUCCUGAAUAGAAUCGGUGGAAGUAUAAAAACUUAUAAUUCAAUAGAUACCGUAAUGGAAGAAAAUGAUGUCGUCAAUUAUCCAAUUGAAUUCCUAAAUUCACUUGAUCUUCCAGGUUUUCCACCACAUGUGUUGCAAUUGAAAAUUGGUGUACCUAUCGUUUUAUUGCGAAACAUUGAUCCUCCAAAGCUAUGCAAUGGAACUCGGCUUGCUGUGAAAAAAUUACACAAUAACAUAAUCGAAGCGACAAUCAUAACUGGAAAAUAUAAAGGCGAAAAC